AUGUCUACGACUAUUACCACCGCCCUUGUUGGAUCCUCAACCAUGACUGUGGCUGCAGUUGAGACACAGUGUCCAACAUGUGGAUAUGACGAGACUCACGAUUCAUCAGAAGCUCAGCUUCGGAUCCAGGAGUUAGAGGGGUUAGUCCAGGAUUUGACCAAGCGCGCAGCUAUGACAGCGAACAAACUCGCCGACUACGAAGACGAGAUCCGACGUCUGCGCGCAACAGAAUCCCACACACGAACGCUCUCACAAUCCCAACCAAUAUAUGAGUCACCGCGUAGUAGCGUCUCCCUGGGCCCAACCUCCCACACCGACAAAUCCACUCUCUCACCAACCCAACCCCCAAGCCUACCCGACACAACCUCCCAAACCUCUCCACCAACAUAUCAAAGCCGACUCUCUACACUCGCCUCUCUUCUCCCUUACCGCCGCAGUAGCUCAACAACAACUAGCGCUCCCGCUUCCGUUGCCACAUCAUCCACUAUUCCACCCCCGACGCCAGUGUCAGCACUACCAACAACUCCCACCUCAGUCCCACCCCACACUUUCGAAACACAGACAUCGCCCGCAAGCAGCGACAAUACAUCUGAGCUUCAAGAUGCACUCACGCGCGAACAGGGACUUCGCAAGGCAGCAGAGUCUCAACUCUCACAAGCUAGCACGGAACUGGAGGAGUUAACGGUGCAACUGUUCAGUCAAGCGAACGAGAUGGUCGCACAGGAGCGUAAAGCGCGCGCAAAGCUUGAGGAACGUGUAGCUGUGCUUGAAAGACGGGAUAUCGAGAAGCGGAGUCGGUUGGAGAGACUGGAAAAGUCCAUGGCGCGAGUGGAGAGGUUGAAGGCUUUGGUGGGAUGA